UGCUCAUGAUAGUACGCGAUGUGUCAUCGUGAUUUGUCAGUUGCUUCAUUUUCCAAUUUUUCUCAUUUGCUUCUAGUUUACAUGAUUUUGUGUUAAAGUUGUAAUGAUUUCUUUGAAUGUUGGCAGAUUUAACUAUUUUUGUUUAUGAAGAAUUAUAAAUUAAUGAAUGAAUCACACCCAAGAGAAUUUUUUAUUAUUUUCUAAUGCCACUGUCAGGAUCAUCAAAUGUUUAUUAAUUAACAGUGUUAGUUUCAAUCACUAGUUUCAACACCUAUUAAUGUCGUAGGUGUUUUAUAAAUUCGCAUUUGUAUAUUUCAUUUUAAAUCGAAUUUGAACAGGAAAUGGGUUUACUGUUUUCAAAACUGUGGAGUUUUUUUGGGAAUGAAGAACAUAAAAUUGUAAUUGUUGGACUAGACAAUGCAGGUAAAACAACUAUUCUAUAUCAGUUCUUAAUGAAUGAAGUUGUUCACACUAGCCCUACGAUUGGCUCAAACGUUGAAGAAGUUGUAUGGCGCAAUAUUCACUUUGUAAUGUGGGAUUUAGGGGGUCAACAAUCAUUAAGGGCAGCGUGGAGUACUUACUAUGCCAACACAGAGUUUGUGAUAUUAGUAAUAGAUUCAACAGAUAAAGAACGGUUAAGUGUUAUUAGAGAAGAAUUAUACAAAAUGUUGGCGAACGAAGAACUUUCUAAAGCAGGUGUGCUUAUAUAUGCAAACAAACAGGAUGUUAAAGGAUCAAUGGGUGCAUCAGAAAUUUCCAAAGAAUUGGAUUUAACUUCAAUCAAACAACAGCAGUGGCACAUACAAUCGUGUUGCGCUCUAACAGGAGAAGGGUUAUACCAAGGAUUAGAAUGGAUAGUUAACCGAUUAAAAAAUAAAUGACACCCUUAGUAUUAACCACCUAUGUAAAAAAUCUGUUAUACAAUAACAAUCUAUUGGUUUUUCUCAUAUUGAGAAAUGAGGUUGUGUUAUUUUGCUUUUUAUGCUACAAAAAUUAUAAAUCUACCUGUUUAUUAAUUUAUCUACUGGAAACAAAUGUCUGUAUUGUCAAUUAUCCAUACACAUUAUGUAAUUUUUAAGAAGUCUAUAAAUUUAACGAACCUGUUAUGAGAUAUAUUACUUUUUAUCCACAUCAUUAUAAAACUAUUUUCUAGUAUUUUUUGUUUGAAAUGUACUUUUUGUUACUUUGAUAAGCAUUUUAAUUGUACAGUAACAAUAGUAAGUAAAAAUAAAUUAUCUGUUACCACUUGCCAUGUUAAUUCAAUAUAAAAGGUAUCACAUCUCAACCACGUUGUAAUUAGUAUGACGACUUUGCUUGUCAACUGAUUUAUUACUUCAAAAUUAUUACCUGGACUGAAAAAAACUAGAUAAUGAAGAAUCUAAGUAGGUGUUCGUCACAGAAAGUGAAGUCAACUUUUGUUUUUUUAAAUUUAACCUCCUUUUUUUUUCUUAAGAGAAAUUACAAUGUCAUCAAUACAAAGUGUGUACCGUUUCAAUUGUUAGGGCACACAAGGGCACAGGGGUGCGGUAUGCUGGUAUGGACACAGUUACGAGGGCUGCUUUUAUAUGUCGGCCAAAUGAAGGGCUGCAACAUAAAAGGUGAAUGCUUCAUGUAGCAUCUUAAGCCCGCCACUCACGUUCCAACGCCGCAGUACAGUUUUUGAACGUCUGUGUAUGCGAUCAAGCAAAUCGGUUGGAUGUGGACGGUUGGCGAACAAGUCUGUCUGCAGCAGUACAAUCGUGUUGUAUUGGAUGGAAAUUUGAUCAUGUGUGGACAUGACUCGACAGUGUAUGUUAUUCAAACCGUGAGAGCAGUUAUAAAAGUACAUUUUCGUCAUUUCAUCAGACAUGUUGUCAUCACGAUCGCAAAUUUUUAACUGCAAGGUCGUAACGUGUGUGUGUACUGCUGCUUUUUAACAGAAUUGUACACCAGUUGCAUCCAAUACAAUCGUAUUGGGACGUUGGAACGUGAAUGGCCAGCUUUAGGAUUACCAAAAUGGUGGAUCAUCAUCAAAGGCGCUGAAGUGACAGAGAAGUUUAUCAUAUAUGAUGACAUUACGUGCAACGGCAAAAUAACUACAUGUUUCACAGAUUCCAAGGGAAAUUUGAAGAAGCCCCUGAAGCAGAUUUUUUCAUUGUGCCUGCAAUCACGAGGUGGUCUACCACUGUAGUCCAUGUUACUAUGAAAAGGUUCUCAGAAUCACUUCACUAAUUUAACUAACAACAAAAAUUCAACCAAAAACAUCAAAGUACUUUUCUCAAGGAAGAUGAAAACAACAGCGUUCACUUUCUGACUCUUCAAACGGUUCACACUUGGCGAAAAUUGAAGGCAUUGACAAAAUAAGUAGUUGAUAUGUUUAUGUUGAAAUUAACUUAGUAAAGUGACUUUUAUUAAUGAAUAAAUUAAAUAUAAGCACAA